AGCUGGCUUGCGGAGACAGAGCUGUCUCAGUUCCACCGGAAGUAAUCGUUAAAGCCGGCUGUAAGCGUGAAAAGAGGUUGGCGAUCGGAAAGUCCAGCUCCCUUAGAUCCUUUAGCUGAAGUCCGGUGACAGCCCAGCGUUUCCGGACUAGAGGUCGGAGUGUGAGGGGCGGCCAACUUCAGCGUGCCUAAGAGCUCAGACUCCCGGCAAGGGGAACUUGACAUCUGAGCCCCAAACCGAGGUCCCAACUGGAGGGUACGCUGCCUGGGGAGCCCUGAUGCCCAGGUUCCAGAGGAACAGGAUGAGCUCCUGAGAUGGAAGCUAUAUCAUCUCCAGACUCUGCCCUUCUCCAAGGAGGAUAUACUGAUGAGGAGGGAUUGACCCCUCUACUCCCAUCAGCCAGUUUGCAGGAGUCAGUGACCUUCAAGGAUGUGACUGUGGACUUUACCCAGGAAGAAUGGAAACAGCUGGAUCCUGUGCAGCGAGAUCUGUUCAGGGAUGUGACACUAGAAAAUUACACACACUUGGUCUCUAUAGGACUUCAAGUUUCCAAACCUGAUGUGAUUUCCCAGUUAGAGCAAGGGACAGAACCAUGGGUGGUGGAGCAAAGCAUUCCAGUAGGCACAUUUGGAGACUGGGAGAACAGACCUGAAAAUAGUGUGUCAGCCUCAGAGCUGGACAUUUCUGAAGAAGAGCCAUCUCCAGGAACAAUAGUGGAUAAACUCAAAAGGGAUGAUCCUUGGAGUUCCAACUUCUUAGAAACUUGGGAGUCUGAAGGCAGUCUAGAGAGGCAGCAGGCAAACCAAUGUAUACUGCCAAGGGAAAUAAAAAUAACUGAAAAGACAGUACCCACUUGGGAAAGGGACAAUAUAAGUGAAUUUGGGAAAAGUAUCGAUAUGAGUUCAAUCCUUGUAACACAGCAAGAAAUAGCUCCAGAAGAGAGGUCUCCCAAAUGCUAUGACCAUAAAACAAAUGUCAAACAGAAUUUAAAGCCAGUUAAAAAAGAGAAAUCUUGUAAGUGCAAUGAAUGUGGGAAAGCUUUUAGUUAUUGCUCAGCUCUUAUUCGCCAUCAGAGAACACAUACUGGAGAAAAACCCUAUAAAUGUAAUGAAUGCGAAAAAGCCUUCAGCAGGAGUGAAAACCUUAUAAACCAUCAAAGAAUUCAUACUGGAGAUAAGCCAUAUAAAUGUGAGCAAUGUGGAAAAGGCUUCAUUGAGGGUCCAUCUCUUAUUCAGCAUCAAAGAAUUCAUACUGGCGAAAAACCCUAUAAAUGUGAUGAAUGUGGGAAAGCCUUUAGCCAGAGGACCCAUCUUGUUCAGCAUCAGAGAAUUCAUACUGGUGAGAAACCAUAUACUUGUAAUGAGUGUGGAAAAGCCUUUAGCCAGAGAGGCCACUUUAUGGAACAUCAGAAAAUUCAUACAGGAGAAAAGCCUUUUAAAUGUGAUGAAUGCGAUAAAACCUUUACCAGGAGCACACACCUUACCCAACAUCAAAAAAUUCAUACUGGAGAGAAAACCUAUAAAUGUAAUGAAUGUGGGAAGGCUUUCAAUGGGCCUUCAACAUUUAUCCGUCAUCAUAUGAUUCAUACUGGUGAAAAACCCUAUGAAUGCAAUGAAUGUGGGAAAGCCUUCAGCCAGCACUCAAAUCUCACUCAACAUCAGAAAACACAUACUGGAGAGAAACCCUAUGAUUGUGCUGAAUGUGGAAAAUCCUUUAGUUAUUGGUCAUCCCUUGCUCAACAUCUGAAAAUUCAUACUGGAGAAAAACCUUACAAAUGCAAUGAAUGUGGGAAGGCCUUCAGUUACUGCUCAUCUCUUACUCAACAUCGGAGAAUUCACACCAGAGAAAAGCCCUUUGAAUGCAAUGAAUGUGGAAAGGCUUUUAGUUAUCUCUCGAAUCUUAAUCAACAUCAGAAGACUCAUACCCAAGAGAAAGCUUAUGAAUGUAAGGAAUGUGGAAAAGCCUUUAUUCGGAGUUCAUCUCUUGCUAAACAUGAGAGAAUUCAUACUGGAGAGAAACCAUAUCAGUGUCAUGAAUGUGGGAAAACCUUUAGUUAUGGUUCAUCCCUUAUUCAGCAUAGGAAAAUACAUACUGGAGAAAGACCUUACAAGUGUAAUGAAUGUGGGAGAGCCUUCAACCAGAACAUACACCUUACGCAGCAUAAGAGAAUUCAUACAGGAGCAAAGCCUUAUGAGUGUGCUGAAUGUGGUAAAGCCUUUCGGCAUUGUUCAUCCCUUACUCAACAUCAAAAAACUCACACAGAAGAAAAACCCUAUCAGUGUAAUAAAUGUGAUAAAGCCUUCAGCCAGAGCUCACAUCUGACUCAGCAUCAACGAAUUCACACUGGAGAGAAGCCCUAUAAAUGCAAUGAAUGUGACAAAGCCUUUAGCCGGAGCACUCAUCUGACUGAACAUCAGAAUACUCAUACUGGAGAGAAACCUUAUAAUUGUAAUGAAUGUAGGAAAACUUUUAGCCAGAGCACAUACCUCAUUCAGCAUCAGAGAAUUCAUUCAGGAGAGAAGCCUUUUGGAUGUAAUGAUUGUGGAAAAGCCUUCAGAUACCGUUCUGCUCUCAACAAACAUCAGAGACUGCACUCUGGCAUAUGACUAUUCUGGGAACAGCAUAAAUGUAGGGGAUGCAUUAUAUCUAGUUUGUCCUUUUGUUAAGUACUGAAGAAUCUGAGUGGAUUGAGAAACUUUUUAAAAUACUUUAACUUUUCAUUAUGUUAUGGAAUGGAAAGAACAUUGGACUAAACGAAUUCAUUUAUGUUAUUAAGCAACUUUGUGACAUUGGAAAACUCAACUGUUUUAUGCUUUAGUUUCUUCAACUGUGAAAUGAGGGAUUUUGGAGUAGAUGAUUUCAAAGGUACUCUGGAGUUUUAAUAUUCAGUUUUGUAUAUUCAUAACAUCCUUUAAUAGGAUUACUAUACAUCAAUAUUUUGAUGUAUUGCAUCGAGGCUGUGUUUAUGCAUGUUUUGCCAAUAGAAGGUAUUUGUGCUUCAGUAAGUAGACUGGGGAUCUAUUAUACUCCUGUUCUAAUGAACUUAGGUUGUUUAGGUAACUGGCUCCUAAUAAAAAUAAUUUUAAAAUA